AUCCAGAAGGCAUUGCAAAUUUAUACUGAGAGGAGUAAAUCUUGCAAUUGUUGAUUUGUCUAGUUCAAAUGGAACAUUUAUCAACCAAACUCGAAUUUUGCCAGAGCGAGAGAUUCCAUUGCAAGAUGGUGAUUUGAUUGGCAUGGGUGUAAGCGAAAUAUCCGGCUCGGACUGCUAUGUGUUCCGCCUUCUUCAGAGUUUCUUUCAGAAGAUUCUACCCCCUACUUUGCCAGAUUCAGAUACAGAUGGAGGUGAAGUGGUAAUCAUUACGGAUUCAGAUUCAAAAAGUGGCCCACAGAAAAAUGGAGACUCACAGGUAGCGAUAGCCAAGAAACGGCAUGCUGAGGAGGAACAUGUCUUUAGUCCCAAGGUACCAAGGUUGGGAAAUGCCACCAUGAAGUGGGAAGCAUCUUCUGAUUUAUCCAUGACACAUUUUGUUACCUUUCCUCACAGUGUGGAUAGACAAUGGAAACAAAUAUCUGAAGACCCUGAUGACACAAAGAAAGUGAAGCAACCUGAACAUAAGCAGAAUCCAAGACCACCUGACAAAACAUGUAUCAAAAUAACUCCAUCUGAGAGUGAAGAGUUUGUUGUAAUUCCAGAAUAUGAGGAGAUUGCAUUAAACAACAGUAUAAAUACUUUGAGUAGAUCUGAAACUGUUGUAGCCAGAGCUCAUGAACCAAAAUUUGUCAGUCCAAUUUCUGAUGCCCCAAAGUCUAAGUGCGAUUCAGUAAUUAGAACAUUUAAAAAUGAAUUACAGAGCAUGGUAGACCCUGUUCCUUUGCCUUCGGAAGUUAUUGAGCGAAGUGAGACAGGAAGUGUGAAAAAUGAAAAAGAUGGAGUUGUUUUUUCAUUUCAUGGAAAGAAUAAAUCUAGGGGUUCAAAUUCCAAUAAUGGAACCAUUGGCAGCAGAGAACUUUCUGCAGCCCAGAAAUGUCAUUCAGAAGAAACUUCUGUCCAGAAUAAAGUGUCAGAGAAGAAAAGUGAAAAAGUUUCAGUGUCUUUGCAGGGUAUACCUUCAGGAAAUAAAAUUGUAAAGGUUGAACCAUUCAGAAACGCAUCGUCCAAGGUAGAAAGUACAAAACAUUCAGAGAAGCAUACAAAGAAGAAACUGAAAGUCGCUGAACAAAGUUUGGAUGGGUCAUGUAAAUCUAGUGCCAGUUUAGUUUCCAGGGAGUCCAGUAUUAUAUAUUGCAAGCAAAAUGAAUUACAUAUGACUAGAGAUGAUAAAAUUGGAACAAACACAAAGUCAGAUUUAUUGAAGAAUAAUCCAUCACCUGCAGUUAGUAGCACUAUUAUCAGGCAUGGAGGUGGAGGAGGGGGUGAAAAAGAAGACGAAGAGGAGGAGGAGGAGGAUGCUCAGUUAUCUGUUCGGCUUCAAGGAGUUUUGUAUGGUGAUCGAAACAAAGCCAAGUCUAGCAUCCACUGUUGUACCUCUCAUGACGGCCCUUCAGAGUCAGUUAUUAAAUUUGAAGAAAGUUCAGGUAUUUUAAAGCGGCCAGUUGUUAGACCUUCAUCAACAGAAACACCUCUUGAAGAAGAAGAAGAAGAAGAAGAAGAAGAUUAUGAUGAUGAUGAUGAUGAAGAUGAUGAUGGACAGUUGGUGACUAAACAGAAGAGCAAAUCACAGAGGCGACGUAUCCUUUCUGAAACAUCAAGUGAUGAUGGUGAAUUACAGAAGAAUCAUAAAAGAAAAUCAGCUGAACAAACCAAGGUGAAGAACAACUCUUGUCCUUGUCCGCUGAAAGCCCAAAAGACAUUAUCAUCUACCCCAGAAAGUAAUACUGAUGUUCAUGAUAAAUCCUCUAGGAUAAGCAGCACAGAAUCUGUAGAUGAGAUUAAGACACAUAACAACAGGCCAGAAACAUCAGUCCACUCUGUGGAUGAUGACAGGGGGGAAGAGAUUGCACAGGCCAACAAAAUCAGAGUCAGUAAUUCAAACUAUGUGAAAAGAAUGACACUUGAUGAUCAGUUACUUGCCAGUAUUCAGAGAACCAAGGCAGUUGUGAAAUUGGAAAGGCUAGAUGAGAAUGCAUUGAAAUCAAAUGGAUUGGUUGUUUCAAAACCCGACACUGAGUCCUUAAAUUAUACACUUGAUGAAGACAUAAUUGUUAUUAGUGAUGAUGAAGAGUACUUCCCAUCAUCACAGAUAUUUGAUGACCAGAAGAUAGAUUUGGAGUUACUUAAAACAGAAGAUCAGGAUGCAGUUCGUGAAGAUCUGUUGUAUACUAAAGUUCUUGAAGAUGAUGAUGAAGAUGUAGUAGUGUUUGAAGAUGAUGAAUCAAAUUUAAAUGAUGAUCAGUGGUUCAGAAGGCUCUCACAGCAAGAUCUUGAACCUGAACCAAUCUCAGAGUUGCCUCCACAACAACUGAAAGCAGAGAAAGAGAAAAGGGACAGUGGAUUAAGAGAAGAGUUCUUGCAGAAUGUUGAUCUGCUGCAAGCGACAACUGACGGUGAAAUGAUACAGAAAGAAAUGUUACCUGGUGAUUUAUUGAAAACAGAUCAAGUGAAAUUGAAAUGUGAAGAAUCAGUUAAGAAACCAAAACUUAGUGUUAGGGCAUUGGUAAUUGAUCCACCGCCAAUGCCACGACGACGGGCUUUUCAGAGAGGCAUUUCUGCAGAAGUGGCAAUUCGAAUGUUCAAGGAGCAAGUAGAUGUUUCCCAGCAGCAAGCAAAACCUAGAAACAUUGUCAGUGAUACCAUCAGUAGGAAAGGAAAGAAGGGAGGAAGUAAAAAGAAAAUCCGUGUCCAGUCAUCCAUCUCAGAUGAACCGCAUUUUCUUACUGCCAAUGAAAAGAAGCAAAUUUCAGAUCAGCGUAAAGAAAAGCUCAAAGCCAUCUCUGAAAAGGAAAAAGCUGUCGCAGCAGCUUCAAAGCAACGUUCUAUGAUGAAGGUGCCUGCAGAAGUAAGAAUAAAGGUGACCAACAGAAACAGAGGCGCUUUCUUGACAGAAGAAGCUGAGACCAGAAAUAUUGUGAAAGCUUCUGAGGCAGCACAACCAUCAGUUUUAUCCUCUGCAGAAAAGAACUUGCACUUUGAUGUAAAGAAAGCCUCCUUAUCAAGUAAUGUUCCAAAACAAGAUAGUGUUAAAGCCAGUGUUUCACAGCCCAAGAAGCGUGACUCACGAUUAUCCUCUGCCCCAGCAAGAAGCAUUAAUGAUCUUCCACGAAUUCCCAAAAUAUCUGGGCGGCCUUCUACUUCAAAGAGUGUUGAUUUAGAGGUGCCUUCUUGUAGGGCUGAGGUGGUGACUGAUCCUGUAGUAGUGGACAAACUUCCAAUGCUUACAAGUGCUUUUUCUGCCCUUUCUAUUUUAAAAACAUCGGCACCCACUAGCUACACAAAAGUGAAAAAAAGUGUGUGUUUCAAGAAAGAUAGUGAAAUGGUUGAGAUACGUGUCAUACCUGUGGAAGAAGGUUCGCGCCUUCGACCGGUUGCCCACAAGAAAGACGCUCCAACCCCAAGAGGUGUCUUCAAUAUCCAGUUACAACAAAAGAGACCAGAUAUGGAUGAAGUUCUAUAUGAUAUUCUGUGCUGGAAUCCUAAGUGGCUAGAGGAGCAGAAGAACAAGGCCCCUGGACAUCCACCUCCUGUGCAUCGAGACAAACUGUGGCCUAUGCCAUCAUCGUUUGUCUCAUAUAAGGACUACUUAAGGGUUCUCACACCUCUUCAUCUUCUUGAGUUGUGGUCCAGUAUCACCAAUGAAAGUGAAAGCAAUCCAUCUCACCCCAGGAAAGCUCCUGUGGUUGUUGGAAUAGAUCAGGUUGAUGCAGUUCCCCGUCUCACUUCCAAUAAGAAGCCAUUUAUGCACAUAACCUGCCAUGCUGUCCUGUCAGAUUUUGAGUCCAAGAAGCGGUUCCACCCAUACACUGGAGACUUGGUUUACCUAGAACUGGAGUUAGAGAACAAAGAUUUGCAAAAUCACCACAACUCUGAGCCUCAUCAAAGUACAAGGCAACGCAGGAUUGUACCCAUUUUUGCAUAUGUCAAACACAGCGUGAAAGAUACUGUCACCGGUACGACCAGUGUACACAAGGAGAUCUUGAAACAUUCAACAAGGCCAACAACCAAACUAAUUUUAACUUUACAGACAAAAUUUAGACCCUAUGAUGUGAAAAUGAGCCAUGCAAUGAGGAUAAAGGUGGUGUCAUACAUAAAAUCUGAUCUUCGUUUGUUUCGAGCCAUGGCGUAUUUGCCGUUCUCGCCACUUUGUUAUCAUAUACUGAAGCCUACAGAACAGGAUUUCUCUCUUCCGGAUCAUAAGGGGCAACAGUUUGUGCCAUUGAUCAAGCAAAAUCAGUUGAAUGAAUCCCAGAAACAAGCCAUCCUGAAAAUAGCUGAUGCUUGCUUGAAGUCAGAAUCUAAAAUAUGCAUGAUACAUGGACCUCCAGGUACUGGUAAAUCACAUGUAAUUGUAAAUCUGAUCUUACAAAUUUUAUAUGGCCAGAAACAGCAUCACAAGCAUGCCAACCGCAGAAAUGUUCCAAAAAUUCUUAUUUGUGCACCUUCUAAUGCUGCCAUUGAUGAGUUGGUGAUUCGACUUCUACACAUUCGCGAGACCAUCCAAAAAGAGGAACGAUUCAGGAUGGUGCGCACUGGUCGGCAGGAGACGAUGAAACCUUCAGUGAAGGAGAUCUCAGUCUUUGAAUUGGCCAAGAGUUACGCUAAGAGUACAACACAACCGCCUGAAUGCCUGGAGAGUUUAGAGUUAGAGAUCCGCAGCCUGGAGGCUCGACAGAAUUCGUUGCUGAUGGCUCUUGAAACAGCGAGACAAAAGAAUUUGAGAGAUGCUAUUGCUGAAACUGAGUUCAGAUUGAUUGACACCGAGCUGAGACUGGCCCAAAUGAGGAAGAGUAAAGCACAGAAUGUAUAUUUGGAUCCUUAUCAACAGUGGUGUAAGGAAAGAGAAGCACAGUCACGAAUACUUCACGGUGCCCACAUUGUGGCUACAACACUGUCGUCCUGUUUCAAUAGCCAAAUGGAAAACAUUUUUGCUAAGCAGGAAGAGCAGGGUAAGUCAGGACUUCAGUUCACAUGCUGCAUAGUAGAUGAAGCAACCCAGAGCCAGGAAGUAGAAACAUUAAUACCACUCAUGCUAGGAGUGAAGACACUUGUCCUCGUUGGUGAUGCAAGACAGCUGCCCGCCACUGUACUGUCCAAGGUGGCCAAAGACAAUGGCCUUGGUAAAUCCUUGUUUGCAAGAAUAGAGACAUGUUUUGAGGACAGCAUGCAGAAACCAGUGCAAUUCCUUGAUGUACAAUACCGUAUGCAUCCAGAGAUCUGCCUGUGGCCCAACAGGUUCUUCUACAAUGGCCGCUUGCAUUCCGCACCCAACCUUGCUCAACAGAGGGUCUGUCCACUACUACCAUAUUGCAUUCUCAGCCUUGAGUACAAGCAGAAUGUUAGUGGGGAACUGUCAAAUGCUGGUGAAGCUGAACUUGUGAGUCAGCUGACAUUAGGCCUUUUGGAGAAGCUGGGCAACCAGCAGUUAAGCAUAGGCAUAAUCACACCAUACCAGAAGCAGCGGGCUACAAUAAUAUCCAUCCUGAAAGCUAGUUGCUGUGCCUCCGAAAAUGUGGAAGUCAAUACAAUAGACAGCUUCCAAGGACAGGAACGAGACAUUAUUGUGAUGUCAUGUGUAAGGACAGGUGGUGUAGGCUUCCUGUCAGAUACUCGGCGCCUCAAUGUAGCUCUGACUCGAGCUCGAUAUUCCUUGUUGCUCUGUGGCAACUUCACCUCUCUGCGGAAUGACAACACGUGGCGUGCUCUCCUAGAAAAUGCCAUCCAGCGAAAUGUUCUGAAACAUGUGCCAAGCAGUGUAGCCAGAAACAAGGAUGAACUGCUGAAGCUGGUUCUAAGGGACAUGUAGCAUGCACAACCAGUUAGGUUGUGAAUGUUGUAUAUUUGAUAGAGGAGAAAUGAACUAAUUACAUGGAAAAAUAUCCGCAUCAUUGGAUUGUUGUGAAGUAAAUUCCUUCUGUAUUUUGGUUUAUAAAUUAGAAAUAAAUUCUUCAUGUGUCUGUUGAAAUAAUGCCACUUAAAACUUAUAGUCCUUUGAUGGAGAAUGUGACAUAUCCAGAUAUGCCAAGCAUUCUGACAGAAUUAAUGUGUUACCUGAUGUAAAACAGUAUCAUUGCCCAUGGAGAAUAAUAUUUCAAAUUUAUGGAAAAUCAUUCCAUGCAAAGUGGAGAAAGUUUAUUUUAGUGAAAAAUUUCCCCAGAAGGAAUCUUGCUCAUUUUAUGUGCCUUUCACUUUUUGUCCAAUGUAAUCCAGGAAUUGUAUUUUCUGAUAUAAUCCUCAUUUCCAAAAUAAAAUAUGACUGAAGCCCAUGGACAACAUUUCUUGGUAAACUGGACUUCGUUUAUGUGAGCCAAUUUUCGGAUGUGCUUUAGUGGAUGAUGUACCAUUAUGAACAUGAAUUGGUAAAACUGGAGUCUGUCUUUUGUGUUACAUGAAGAAAGAAUGAGACAUUUGUUUUUAUUCACCAAAGAAAACAUAAUAUAUAGUGUAAAAUAGUUAGUUGCUUGUUUGGUUUUUAUAAAUCUACUAUGUAAAAUAUAACAAAAGUUCCAGGAAUCCUGUUUUUAUUAAGUUAAGUAUUACUGGACUUGUGGCCAUGUUUUGGGUUGUCACAUUCUGCAGCAUAAUAUGUUACCAAUGAGUUUAAAUAUGGCCACUAGAAAAAGUGGGACAUCUCCUGGACAGUAAAGGUUAAUUUAUAUUGAUCUUCAAGUUUGGUAAUCUUCCAUAAUGUGAUCAUGUUUCUUGGCACCAUCUGGGACGUGACACCAUUGGCGCUACAGCCCUCGUUUGAGCCUAGGCCUACCUCCAUGAAACUCCCCGUUUUCACUUCGGUUUACUAGA